GUGUCAAUGAACAAAUUGAUAUCCAAAGUCAUAAGUACAAGAUGUCAUCAUAACACAUCACAGUAUAAAAACAAAGCCUUUGCUGCCAACAAAGAACCACCACAACUAAUCUCACCAAUUCACACCAUUUUGUCAAACAUAAAAUCUCUUUUUUCUAACAACAGAGUCACAUGUAUAUACCUCACUUUCCAAACACCUCUUCUAAACACCAAACCAAUUCAACCCUUUUCCUCAAUUCAUCUCUUUACAACCAUUAACCCAUCCAAUUCAAAACAUCACAAUUAAAAAAUGAAUCUUGGAGAACAUAUAGCUUAUGACAUAAUCAUGGCAACUCUAUCAAUGUCUCUAAUAGUUCUUGGUGUUUUCCUCUUCUAUUAUUGCAAAAAGAAACCAGUUGAAUCAGAAGAAACACUUCCAAUAAAACAAAGUGCUCGUGCAUACCCUUUAACAGAAAUCGAUGCUGCAACAAACGGCUUCAACCAUAGAAGAAUUAUUGGUAAAGGUCGUUUAGGAACAGUUUAUGCAGGAACACUACAAGAGCUUGUAGCUGUGAAACGAAUUCACCCUGUUCUUGUUUUAAGCAAAGCAGGUUUUGGUUUCUCAUCAGUGAUGAAAUCUCUCUCUUUAGCUCAACACACCAACGUUGUAUCUAUCAUAGGAUUCUCAGAAGGACCAGGUGAAAGAAUUAUAGUUAUGGAAUUUAUCCGAAUGUCAAGUUUGGAUUUUUACUUGCAUGGAGACAAUGAUGGAGCUUCACUUUUGGAUUGGAACAAGAGGUUUAAGAUUGCAGCUGGUGUAGCUAGAGGGCUUCAAUAUCUUCAUGAAGUUGUGUCACCAAAUAUUGUACAUGGUUGUGUUAAGUCCUCUAAUGUUCUUAUUGAUGUUAAUUUUUGUGCUAGGAUUUGUGAUUAUGGACUUAAUUUUUUUGGGUUGGUUGAAAAAAGAGGGUUAAUUGGUUAUGUGGAUGAUGAAUAUUGGAAUAAUGAAGGAAAUGGUUUAGGUGGUUCUAAGGAAAGUGAUGUUUAUGGGUUAGGGGUUAUUUUGUUGGAGAUUUUAAGUGGGAGAGAGUGUGAGGGAGGAUUGUUGGUGAAGUGGGCAUUGCCUUUGAUUAAGGAAAUGAGAUUUAGUGAAGUUUUGGAUCCUAGGUUAGUUAUUCCUUGUGAUAUGAAACCUUUUGUUAGAUUAGCAAAAGUUGCUUUGGCUUGUGUUGGUAAUUCAAGGAAAUGUAGGCCUUGUGUGGAUCAUGUGGUAAAUAUUUUGAACAAUUUAGAGAUGGAAGUUUGUUUCUUAUCAAAUUGAUUGAGCAUAUGGCUUCAAUUUUGUACAAAAAAAAAGGGGAAGUACAAUUGUUAUCUGUUUGUUAGCAAGAAAUGGAAUGAAAAAGGAAAUUUCUUUUUCAUUUUUUAAUAUAUAUAAGAGAGAAAAAAAAAAAGAAAUUAAUUAAAAGAGGAAAAGUGUAAAAAUUAGACAAAUUUUAUAUUUCAACGGAUGAUAGCAAUUGAAUCA